CUCUCCAAUCCUUGCCUGCCUAUCACAAAAGCAUCACAGAGUUUACAGACACACAGAGAAAACCUGAAUGAAAAGCAUUGUGCUGAAAAAGACCAGUGUAUGGAAGGCCGCCUGGAAAGAAGCAACAAGUAAAGAGGAGAAACAACUAAGAGGAACAGCAUUCUUUUGGCUCAGCUGAUCUCACUUCCUGUCUGUAUCCGUGGGUGACUGCGCCUGACAACCGUUGCCAUGGGUGAAAUGGACAAAUUGCGAAAGGAGGCAGAGAGUCUUAAAGAACAGAUCACUGCAGCCCGUAAAACAGUGCAGGACCUCACACUGCAAGAUCAUACGGCAGGGACAUCUGUUGUAGGACGUGUCCAGCUGAAGAUCAGGAAGACAUUGAGAGGACAUUUGGCCAAAGUUUAUGCCAUGCAAUGGGGGGGUGACUCGAGACUGUGUGUCAGUGCAUCUCAAGAUGGCAAAUUGAUCGUAUGGGACAGCUGUUCUACCAAUAAGGUUCAUGCCAUCCCUCUGAAGUCCUCAUGGGUGAUGACCUGUGCAUACGCCCCUUCAGGAAACAUGGUAGCUUGUGGAGGACUUGACAACAUGUGCUCUAUCUAUAACCUCAAGGGCAAAGAUGGAAAUGUUAAGGUCAUGCGUGAGCUCGCAGCACACACGGGUUAUCUGUCCUGCUGCCGUUUCCUGAGUGACAGUGAAAUCAUCACCAGUUCUGGAGACUGCACCUGUUGUCUGUGGGACAUUGAGACAGGAACACAGAAGACCAUCUUUGCUGGUCACCUGGGAGACUGCAUGUCACUGGGUAUGGCUCCUGACUAUAACACUUUCAUCUCAGGAGCCUGUGACUACACAGCUAAACUGUGGGACAUCCGUGAUGGCCAGUGUAGACAGACUUUUGCAGGUCAUGAGAGUGACAUCAAUGCCAUUGGGUUUUUCCCCAAUGGUAAUGCAGUGAUCACCGGCUCAGAUGAUGCUUCCUGCAAGCUGUAUGACCUGCGUGCAGACCAGGAGCUUAUGACAUACCAGGACUCCAGCAUCAUGUGUGGAGUAACAUCUCUUGCUCCUUCUUUCUCUGGAAGACUCCUCCUCGCUGGCUAUGAUGACUUCAACUGCAACAUCUGGGACAUGCUUAAAGCAGAAAGAGUCGGAACAUUGUCUGGUCAUGACAACAGAGUGAGCUGUCUUGGAGUGGCAGCCGACGGGAAGGCCUGCUGCACAGGAUCAUGGGAUAGCUUCCUGAAGAUCUGGAACUAAGACGCUGUCUCUAAGACAUGCAAUAUCAGCAGAAUAUAUCAAAGACAGGGUAAAAUGUAAAGGGGACCAUAAACACAGGACUAUGAGAAAUAGUUGUAAGUAGAGAAGGAAAAGGAUGCGUUUGUUGUGCCAAAACACAACAAGAAGGAUUGUGAAUAAAAAGAUAGUCUGACUCGUAGAAUAAUAUUGUCAAAGAAAUCAUGCAAUAAUAGAAAAUGAUUUUCAGGGACUGCUAAAUGCAAAAGCGGGCGUUUACAGGGCAAUUACCUAUCUGGUGAUUUCUGAUGUAAUGUUUGAAUAGGCUAAAUAUUAACACAAGACUGUGUUAAAGCACAUUAUCAAUAUAGCAUACGAAUUAAGACUUUCAACAUUAGUUGAAUCAAGCUACCUGAUAUCUUCAUAAUGUAUCCUAUGCUAUCAAACCUAUAUGACAGAGGUUGCCAAAAUAGUUGUGCAAGACUUUACAAUGACUUACAUUUACACAGAAUUACAUUUUCACUUUUAUACAAAGUGGUUUACACACUAUACAUAAAUCAAACAAACGGUUUAGUGAGAUUGUCCGA